AUGGCACUGUACGGGGCUCCCGUGUGGUGUGGGGCCUUAUCAGCGGCAACGAGGGCGCUGCUGAGAAGGCCCCAGAGGGUGGUCGCCCUGCGGAUGUGCAGGGCGUACCAGACAGUGGCCGCGGCCGCGGCAUGCGUUCUCGCCGGAACUCCGCCGUGGGACCUCGAAGCGGAGGUCCUGGCGGAGGUUCACAACUUCCGGCGAGAGAGGAGGGUGCGAGGCGAGAACCCUGCUCCACAAGAGCACACCCUCGAGGUGUGUUGCCGGUGGAUCGAGCAGCGCCGCACUCUGGUGGCGACAAUAGGGAGGGACCUCUCGCUGCCCAGCGUGGUCGCGGCCAUGCUGCGGGAUGAGAGGUCCUGGGACGCGGUGGCCUCCUUUUGCGUGGAAGUGAUGACGCAAAAGGAGGCGGCGGAGCGGGAGCGCGAGGACGCGCCUGACGCACCCCCGCUCCGGCGCAGACGGGCGGGGAGGAGGCGGCGGCAAUUUGCCGCUCAACUCCUUCCCCACUGA